GAACGUCAACGGCUACAAUGCGGUGGUCUGGGCAUUGAGGUCGAACGACAUCAACGAGCCGAAAGGCACGAACGGCUGCCAGGUGUACAAUAGUGCGGAGUGCGACAAGUAUCCUCUUUCAUGCAAGCAGCCGUGGUGUUACGUGGACAUCGAGGCCUGCAAAGUCAAUCAGCAGAAGUGCCAGGAAGCUCACCUGCGUCUGGGCGCCGGGGCUCCAUGGCUUCCCCGCAUUGUCGUGAGCGGCCCCGCUAUGAGAGCAGGUUCGGAGGUAGAGGAUCCCAUGUGGCUUUGGGUGAGUGUAGCCAUCUUCUGUGAGGAGUUCAGCUAUGAGACCUGCGGGGCCUUGGGCAGCUACAACGAAGAGACCCGCUUCGAGAAAUGGAUGGCCAACCUCGAAGUGCAAGCUGCCGUUGAUCCCAGUAAAAUCUACCCGAACGAGAUGCUGCAAGAGCUCAUUAACAAAUCCUUCACCGAGUUUGAUUUCCUCAACUCCACCAAAAGAGCGACUACUUCGCAGACGGGCGCCUCAAUCCCCAUCUUGAAUCCCACCGACCAAUCCUACUGGGAGACGCAAGCGGGCUCCAACUGUUCCCAAGAUGAGUCGGGUUGCUUUGUUUGCAACUCUGGCUACAGCAAGUGUGUCCAUGAUGUAGCGGUGGGGAAGUUUGACCUCUGCAUCGCAGACUUGUGGAUCACGCCGUGCCGAAGCGCCAUCGCUCAGUUCCUGCCUCCCGUGCGCUUCGACAUGUUCUACCUGGUGCAAGCCGCGAAGCCACGGACGGAGGUGACUCCUGGUGCAAUCAUGGAGAGGCCCUUCAAACCCUUCACACCCUGGGCCUGGGCGGCCAUUGGAAUCUUUAUCCUGCUUUCCGCCUUGUGCUUUCUGGCCGGGCGCCACUUAGAGCUGGUCAACCAGAGCCCUCCUGCGGCCCUUCACCGCAGAUAUACACACGACCUGCUGGACCUUAUUGGGGGUCAACGGUCCUUUGGAAGUUCCAGCAGGGCCUCAUGCAAGGUCGCAGGUUGGGGCUUUGCUUGGGGCAUGCUUGUGCUGACUUCUACCUACACGGCAAACUUGACAGACAUCUUGGCUUUGGAGCGCAAGCAGGUUACCAGUCUUCAGCGGUUGGAGGACGCCAAGGACAUGUCCAUUUGCGUCGACGAGGAGGCAUUGUCCUACUUUAGCCAAACGUAUCACACCGUCCUUGAGAACGUGACUUGGAGACCAGUGGGGACCAGUAAGGAAAUACCCCAACUGCUGCACGAGGAAAAGUGUAGUGCAGCUGUCAUGUACCAGGAAGCCAUUGACCGCAUGCACGCUGGGGAAUUUGCCGGGUCAGGGCGGCCCUCGGACUACGACUGCAAGAUCAGAAAGGUCCCCUCCGAAGAGGUAUUGCUGACUUUUGCUGUCGGGUUUCCUGUUGCCCCUCCAUUAGCGCAUGGCCUGUCAUGGGCAUUGACAAGCGUGCUGGAAGAAGGGACGGCUGCCAAAGCAGAAAUCCAACAUAGGGCUUCAAUGAGGGCCAGUUUCGUAAGCAAGUGCGGCGUUGAAGAAGAAUCUGAGAAACGGCUUGACUGGCCAGAAGUGCUGGGGGCAUUGAUUGACGCUUUCAUCAUCGUAAUCCUGGGUGCCUUGAUCUUUGGGCUUGCCGCCCUUCUUCGAGGGCAGUGCUGCAGGAGGGUGUCGCAGCCCACGCCUGCAGAACCCCCAGUGGAUCCCGGACAGCCCCCUCACCCCAUCGAGUGA